GCAUCUAGACAUUUCCCACAAAAUAUAGAGAGAGAGAAGACAAGCCACAGCCUACCUAUCGACUCUCUCUCUAUAUAUCUAUAGAUUCUAUACUAUUUGUAUAUCGUCCCGCUCUGCAUUCUGCAACGAACACACAACAAUCACGCAAUAGAGCAAAGCUGCGAACUUUUCUUCUCCAAAUUCGAAAUCUCUGAAGAAGAUCGAAGAUGAGCCGACAUCCUUCAGUAAAGUGGGCCCAGAGCUCAGAUAAGCUGUUCAUCACCAUUGAACUACCGGAUGCCAAAGAUGUGAAGCUCAAACUAGAGCCAGAGGGGAAAUUCUUCUUUUCUGCUAAGAGUGGAGCAGAUAACUUGCCUUACGAAAUAGAUAUGGAUCUCUUUGACAAGGUUGAUGUAAAUGAGAGCAAGGCUAAUGUUGGCUUGAGAAACAUUUGCUAUCUUAUAAAGAAGGCAGAGAGUAAAUGGUGGAACAGGUUAUUGAAACAGGAAGGAAAACCGCCUGUCUUUUUGAAAGUUGAUUGGGACAAAUGGGUUGAUGAAGAUGAGGAGCAGGAUAGUAAACCUGGAGCUGGCAUGGACUUUGGUGACUUUGACUUUUCGAAUCUUAACAUGGGUGGCGGUGGCGGAGAUUUUGAUGGUGAUGUUGCUGACAAUUAUGAAGAGAGUGAUGACAGUGAUGCGGAAGAAGACAACGUGGAAGAAGUAUCUGGCAAAAAGAUGGUGGAAGAAGCCGCACCAGCUGUUGGUGAAACCAAGACAAAAGCUUAAUGCUUUCUGUCCAAUGUGCUGCGGACUGUUCCCCCGUUCAAGUUUCACCUUGCAAUGAAAGUAGAUAAGUUGACUUCUGCUUUGUUUAUAUGAGCAGUAUUAAGAAAUUCCAGUUUUCUGCCCUGUUUUUGUUCAGUGUUUGUUUAAAUGGUAAUGGUUAGUGUUUUUUGGGGUAUCUGAAAUGCUGACUGCUUGAAUGAGAAGUAAAAAAUGGAUUGUUUUUCUUCAAUUUU